GACAUCGUAUUAUUGUCAUCUCGGCGCAGCGGUAAGCUUUCCGCCGCCUCGUCCCUCGUGAAAGCUCGCGUAUUCUGCGCUUCGGGGCCAAAGCUCUCGCCUUUGGAGCAGAAACCCUAGCUGGCGGAUCGUGCCGCGUCCGUCGCCGUUGCCGGAUCUCACCGCCCGGUUCUUUGUCAGAGUCUUGCUGACCUCCCCGGGGAUCUCCUCGUGGUUUGUCUAAGGGACGAGGGAUCAGAACUUGUUGAGAUGGCUCCAUUAGCUCCGGCGUCGAAGGGCAUGUUGCUGCCAGUGUCCAAUUCGGCACGGGGCGCUGCCGAUGAGAGCCUAUUCAAAGGCUCUGCCAUGACCAAGCGCGGUGCCUAUGCUGCCCUUGCCUACAUGAGUUGCGCUGUACUUCUUGUGUUGUUUAACAAGGCUGCUUUGUCCUUGUAUAGUUUCCCAUUCGCUAAUGUGAUAACUCUCUUUCAGAUGAUCUGUUCCACCGCCCUUCUCUAUGCAAUGAAACGUUGGAAGAUCAUUUCCUUUACAGUAGGUGAACCAUGGGCUUCUGACUCAGGGAGCCUUUUGCCAUUCAGGACAAUAUUGCAAACUCUUCCUCUUUCUUUAUCUUAUUUGCUUUAUAUGCUGGCUUCUAUGGAAUCUGUACGUGGAGUAAAUGUUCCCAUGUACACAACACUUAGAAGAACAACCGUCGUAUUCACAAUGACUAUGGAAUAUCUCUUGACAAGACAAAAGUAUUCUUUUCCGAUUUUCGGCAGUGUGGCAUUGAUUGUUUUUGGAGCAUUUGUUGCUGGAGCUCGUGACUUGUCAUUUGAUGCAUAUGGCUAUGCCAUUGUGUUUGUAGCCAACAUCACAACUGCCAUAUAUCUUGCAACCAUUGCCCGUGUUGGAAAAUCAAGUGGUCUCAAUAGUUUUGGUCUCAUGUGGUGCAAUGGAUUAGUAUGUGGGCCAAUUUUGUUGUUUUGGACAUUUAUCCGCGGUGAUUUGCAGUCUACAAUAAACUUUCCCUAUCUAUAUUCUCCAGGAUUUCAGAUUGUGAUGCUUUCUUCCUGUAUAAUGGCAUUUUUCUUGAAUUAUAGCAUAUUCCUGAACACAACCCUUAACUCUGCAGUGACACAGACCAUGUGUGGUAAUUUAAAGGAUUUGUUUACUGUUGGACUCGGCUGGAUAUUAUUUGGGGGCCUUCCAUUUGAUUUGGUUUAUGCAAUUUGCUCUCCAGUUGAAUGUAAUCGGACAGGUUCUUGGUUUUCUUGGCUCUGGUUUAUAUGCCUACUGUAAACUCAAAGGAAAAUAAUGAUAAGCUAUUGGUAAUCUCCUACUGAUUAAGCUGAUCUUGUGCUUUCUUCAAGCGGGAUCUAGUUUGGAAAUUAUUCGGAAGAUCGUCCCCAGCUCACCUUCAUGGAUUAGAAACUGGAUUAUGUUCCUGCUUGUCCUGGCAUAUCUAAUUUGUCUGCAUUGAAAUGAUAAGAAUAUGUAGGAAAGUGUUUAACCAAGGAUAAAUUGUAAUUUAUAUCUGGUAGACUUAUUUGUCAUUGGUUUCGUCUUUAUUUAUGCCCUCGUUUAUGAAGGGCUAUCUAUAUACCUGUAGUUUGAUGUAUUUCCGUGUAGACCUGGAAAAUUUAGGGAACUAUUAAGUUCGUCUGUUUUAAGAAAUAAUGCACUUAGACUUAAAUAGCUUUCUCGUUCAA